UGUGAAGUUAGUUUGGAAAUUCAAUAGUACAUUGCAACACUUGAAAGAGGAGUAUUUAAAGAGCGACACUCAUCAUUUGAGAUGCAACAGUGAAGUGACUAGGAAUUCCGUGAAGAUUUCAACUUUAAAGAUUCGUUUAUUAAAAAUGCUGAAGUUUGUAUUGCUCUUCACCGUUUGGACUUUGGCCGUAGUGACAGACGGAUCUACCAUUAUGGAUCCAAAGCGUCUAGUAAAACGAGAAGUCACAAUCCAGUUAUGUGGAAGGAACCUAAUGGCGACACUCGACUUGCUUUGUAACGGCAGAAGUAUAUUUCUCAGCGACGAUAACAGAGUUAGAAAGAGAACUGCUGAUCCUUACCCUGUUAAAGACCCCGUUGCCUAUUCUACCACAGAACGUGAUGGAGGUGGAUCUGGCACCGCCUCGGAACAUCUGCUCCUCUCACUAAUCAGUAGUAGUUCAGAGUCCAGAGGGGUUGUCGAUGAAUGCUGCAGAAAUCGCUGUUCUGCAACUACUUUAAUCUCAUACUGCUACUAAAAGUCAUAUGCUCAUACUGCUCAGCGUCUUAAUACAUGGCCAAACUCGAGUGUCUUUCAAGAAUAGACA